AUGUAUUAUAACACUUAUAAUUUUAAUGCUCUUUCAAGAUUAAAUACAGGAUCAUAAUUUUUAAAUUCAAGAAUAAGUGUAAAAUAAUAGAAACCUUAAGAAUAUUCAGUACCAUUUAGUGCAACAAUGAGUCCAAUUAAGUAAUAAAGAGAAUCAUAUUAACCGAUAAUAGAGAAAUAUUUCAAUUUACAAACUGAAACUUAAGAGGAUAGAAUUUGUUUUGAUUGUUUGAAUAAUUUCAUUUAGAAUAUGAUCUAAGGAGGUGAAUUAACAAAAUAAAUAGUAAUAGAAAACUUAACAGGAUUGAGAAAUUUAAUUGACUUCAUUUUGAAUUCAUAAUAAGAAUAAUAAUCAAUAAUGUAAGAAUAGAAAAGUGGUUUAUAAAGUCUAAAUUCAUCUUAAAUUGGAUAAUCAAUUCAUAAUUAAUAAUAAUAAAUUCCAGAGAUUGAAUUACUUGAAUAAAAGAGAUUUCCAAAUGGUGUAAAUCGACUUUUAGAAGAAUAAAAUAAGAGUUUAUAGAGUUAUUUAAUAGUACAUCAAUCUUAACAAAGUUAAGGAUCUCAAUUAAAUUAAACAGAAUAAUAAAAUGAAUCAGUUGACGUAUCAAAUUAGAGUUAUUAUUCAGAAUAUAAACGGUAGGCUUAAAAUAUUGAAAUGGAUUUAUAAAAUUUUCUAAAAUAAAAAUGA